AUGCUCAAAUAUUAAUAAAUGUGACUUUCCGAAUGUGAAGAGAUGUUUAUGUUAUUAUUCGUAUAGUCACUAAGUUGUACUGGCAGUAGAUUUCCAACGAUUGUGAACUUUUGAGUGUAAAUUUUAGGAAAGAAUGGAUAGUGCCAUUGCAGUGCAUACAUAAUGUAACUAGUGCUAACAUCUUCAAGUUCAAAGAUGGCUACCUGAAGGUCACUCCGGAUAAAGUCCAGGACUAUCCGACCAGCUUGCGAGACAGUGGAAUGCCACUCAUCAUUGAUAAUGGGUCUUGCUUCUGCAGGGUGGGCUGGGCCAGCGACCCUGCCCCCCGGCUGGUCUUCCGCAACCUCAUCGCCCGCCAGCGGGGUGGAGGAGGGGGUGGAGCCAGUGGCGCCAGUAGGCGGGGGGAUCACCCAGACGCCCCGCAGGUGGGCAAUGACAUCUUGCCCAACGUGGAGGCGGUGCGCUGGCUGCUCAAGACACCCUUCGACCGGGACGCGGUCACCAAUUACGCCGCCCAGGAAACAGUGCUGGACCACGCCUUGGGCCGGUUGGGCGUGGACACGGAGGGCGAGGUUCAGCACCCGCUGGUGCUGACGGAGACGCUUUGCAACCCCAACUACUGCAGGCAUUUGAUGUCAGAGCUUCUCUUUGAGUGUUACCACGUUCCCAAGGUUGCCUUUGGUGUCGACAGCCUAUUCAGCUUCUAUAAUAACUUCCCUGAUGCUGGAACAUUGGACGGUCUGGUUCUGGCCUCGGGCUACCAGACUACCCACAUCCUGCCCAUGGUGCAAGGCCGGCUGGACAGCAAACGUUGCAAGCGCAUCAACGUGGGCGGGGCUCAUGCCGUGGCCUUCAUGCACAAACUACUGCAACUCAAAUACCCCGCCCACUUUGCAGCUAUCAACCUGAGCAGGGCAGAGGAAUUGGUCAAUGAGCACACCUAUGUGGCACUGGACUUCAAUGCAGAGCUGGCCAAGUUUCGCUCACCCGCCUACUGCGACAAGCACAUGCAUCGCAUCCAGCUUCCUUUCACACCAUUGCCCGGCUGGUCAUCUGACGACAAGAAGCAAGACAGGAAGCAGCAGCAGAUCAAACGGCUGCAGGAGAUCAACGCCAAGCGGCGAGAGGAGAGGCUGGCCGGCGAGGAAGAGAAGUUACAGCAGCUGAAGAGCGUGCAGGAACUGUUGGAAGACGAGGACGAAGAAGGAUACCAGACAGCUCUGCGGGAGCUUGGUUACUCCUCCGGGGCAGAGCUUCAGUCCAUGGUCGACAAGCUGAACGAAACCAUCCAGAAGAUCAAGGACAAGAUACAAGGGGUGGAGUCUAAACCGACCAGCCAAUCACAGGCCGAUGGCUCUCAGACUGACCAAUCACAUAAAGACGACACUCGGUCAAAGAGCCCAGGAGCUGACAUCAAGGAUCCUAACAGUGAGCAAGGUAACGUGUGUGAUCUGGAUCUACUGCUGAGGGACGUGGAUCAAGACUACGACAGUAAGCAAACAAGCCCACAACCUGCUGCCAGAAUGACCUUUGACCUUGCCGAGUACUACCAGCUGCAGCUCAGCGUGGAGCGAAUACGCAUUCCUGAGAUUGUGUUCCAGCCCUCGAUAAUGGGUCAUGACCAGGCAGGCCUGGCCGAGACCCUGGAGCAUGUGCUGAGAAGCUACGACAGCAAGAUGCAGGAUAGGCUGGUGCAGAGGGUUUUUCUGACUGGCGGUAACAUGUUGUACCCUGGUAUGAAGCAGCGAGUUGAAGCCGAGCUGCUGGCCAUGCGACCAUUCCAGUCCACAUUCCAAGUCUUCGCUGCAGGAGAUCCGGUUCUUGACUCCUGGCACGGUGCCAAGAAGUGGGCCAGUGACGCAGCAUUGGCCGGGGAUUGCUUCGUCACGAGGGAGGAGUACCUUGAGAAAGGCGGGGAGUACCUCAGGGAGCAUGCCGCGUCCAACCGGUUCAGGCCCAACCCCACAGUGAUUCGAUCAUGACAGGACAAGGAGAGCCAUCAGCCUUGUGGAUGAUUCACUGAGGGCGCCAUACGCUCACAGUACUGAUGCAAACUGCUGUCUGUGUACAAGGAAUCAGUAGCUACCAUGGACAUUUCUAUGCCUGAUAGAGCAGAACUUCAUUGUGAGAUGUUACAUGGACCUCUGACAUGUGUUGGCUGUGUGCGUGAACUGAAGAGGGCACCCAUUACCUUUACUGGUGCUACUUUCCAAAGUGCAGAGGAGCAAGGGACGACUGCAUCUCUACAGCAUUGAUGCCCAGUAAUGCAGGCCUCAUAGUAUACGCCUUCUCAUUCAUGGAGGUAUAUCACGACCACUGCACAUUGUCAGCACAGCCGAACGCUACCACAGCAACCAACAUCAGGUGCACCUAAGAUUGUCAGGAGAGAUUUUCAGCCGUAGCAAACAAGAAAACAAGGCGACAAAUCUCGCCCACAUAACACGUAAUGAGUCAAUGACGCUAGCACUUGUCAAUCCACGCUAUUUACUGUAUGUUUGGGCAUCCGGGAUUAAAUGUUUGUAAUCAAUACUUUAUUUCAUUAACCUUGCAACUUAAAAUUGACAGAAUUGAAGCUUAAUAAUUGUGUGAUGUUAGGAACCAAAGAUAUUCAUGAAUAUCCCAAUGUUCGGUCAGCUUCAGGCAAUGAUCAUUAUAGCAUAAGAAAUAACCGUUUUUCACAUAGCUCUUUUAACUAAGUUUUUUCAGCACCUCACAUUAUUAUCUCUGAUGAUGAUCAUUGGACUGAUUUACGUUCCAAAUAA